UCGCACGUUGGAUCUAUUGUCGAGGUGCGGAAAAGUAUAAUUUAGAAAUUGUUAGUUAUUAGAAAAAUCAGGAACACAGCCUAGAUACACAGCGCUCAUCAAGCAGCUUACAGCGGUAUUUGUGCACACAUGAGUUUAUCACCAAUGGAAAAGGUGCUGGAUUUACGUACCCGAUUAAAUUGCCUAUUUCUGAUUUCAUUACCUUUCGUGUGAAUAAAAAUGACGUGUGGUAUUUCACAAUACAGAAAGUAUCCAAAGUGGUGACUAGAUCGUAAAAAUGGCUAAAGCUAUCAAAGAAAAAAGCCGAAUCGAUGAACUUACGCAAAAGUUCCUAAAGAUACGCGAAAAUGCGCUCAAGAAAGGUCUUGACGACCAGGAGAUUAAAGAAACAUUUCUAUCGACUGACCCAACGGUGGAAAAUGGUUCUGACAAAUCAGUUCAAAAGAAAGGACUUAAAUCUCAAUACAAAAUACUAAACAGACCGUUAUUUCAGAUACAGUUAAUAGUAAUAGUUGCCUUCACCGCGAUAGGGUUUCAGUUGGGCGCGAAAGAAGCAGUGUAUGAUAUGGUUUAUGGCUCCCGUUGUGUAAUUGAUAUAAACCCAGUAAUAUCAGAAAUGGUACGACCACUUGCAAAUUGCAAAGUAUGCCGAGAUUUGAGAGCAGUGCCAAUAGAAAGAAAUCUUUCUGUGGAAACUUUUAUGGCAAAAUAUGCCUUUACUGGAGUGCCAGUUUUAAUUAAAGAUGCAACAAGCAAUUGGACAGCCAUGCAAACUUUUAGUUACAAUUUUUUUAAAGAUUUAUAUACAAACACUGAGGGUGCAUUUGACAUUACUGAGGAAGAAUGUCAAUUUUUUCCUUAUAAAACCGAGUUUCAAAGUCUAGAAGAGGCACUUAAUAUGACAGAUGCAAGAGUUGCUUUCGAAGAGGGAGAAAGGCCAUGGUAUUUUGGAUGGAGUAACUGUCAUGAAGGAAUAGCCAAGAUAUUAAGAAGCCACUAUGAACGACCUUAUUUUAUACCCAAAGAUUCUGAAUCUAGUACCAUAGACUGGAUGUUUAUGGGAGGAAGUGGGCUAGGAGCUUUCAUGCAUCUUGAUUAUGUUGAACGACCAUCGUGGCAGGCACAAAUAUCAGGGAAAAAAACGUGGGACCUUGUACCAAGUCCUGAAUGUGAAAAUAUUUGUCACUCAAUGAAUGUAACUGUUGAAAAAGGAGAUAUUUUUGUGGUUGACACUAACAUGUGGUAUCAUGCAACGUUUGUACAUCCUGGUGAAAUAAGUAUCACAAUAGGUUCAGAGUAUGAUUAAUCUGUAUAGAGUUUGCUUUCACAUUUCAUCUGGAAACACCACAAUCUAAAUGGAAGUAUUCAGCCACCAUAUUUGCUUAUUGAUGGUCUGCAGUUCUUAUUUCAUAUUCCAAUAAAAACUUUCCAUACACAAGUUUAUCACGGGGAAGUAAUAAACUCUUAUCCUCAUUAUUGUAAAUAAUUUGUAUUAUAUGUGAUAAAAAACGGAGAUGGUGUUAUGAUUAUGAAUACAUUUAUCAAACAGUAUAAUGUCUUCCAUUUAAUAUGUUAUUACCAAUAUAUAACCGUUAAUGGUGAAAUGAGUUUUUAAAAAAAAACAAAUCACCCUGUAUUUGAUUGUUUAUAGUCGCUGAUUGUCUAAGUUUUCACGACUCAAUUAACAUUUAAUUAAGAAAAUAAAUCAAAAUAUCAACAGUAGAUAUUGUCCUUCAGCUGGAUUAAGAGAAGGGUCCAUAAAGCUGAUUUUAGCAAAGAUCAUAGGUACUGCUGGCUUGUUUUGAUCGUAUUCUGUUUAUGUCGUCCACACAAGGUGCCGAAUGUUGACGAAGUUUCAAUUCAUCAUAUCUUUGAAUUGAACCAUAUUUAGACUGAUGUGCCUUUUAAAGAUUUAACUUUCACAAUAGUGUAGUUUGCAAGAAAUUCAAAAUCCCUCAAAUGAGGAUCAGUGACAUUAACUUCAUUUAUAUGAUUGUUUUUACAGCUUAUUACUCAAUAAUAAUAUUAAUCAAUAUUUUUAAAGGAGUGUUCAGUUUGUUUUUUUAUUGCUUAUUGCUCAAUUAAUUAUUAUAAUUAUUGCUCAAUAUCUAGUUACUACAUGCAUGCAUAUUCAAAUGUGUUUUAAUUCUUGUCAACUGCUUUUAUCUAAAGAGUGACUAUUGCUGGACAAUUUAUUAGAGAUAUACAAAACAUGUCUAACAUAGGCUACAGCUAUUACUUAAUUUAUUCAUAUUAGGUAUAUAGUUUAUCGACCUACCCAAAAUGGGGAUGAAAUAGAAUCUGUGUUGGUUUCAGAUUAAUCUAAGCUGAACUAUUGUGUAAAAAGGCUUUCAAUAAAAAAUCUGUUAUGGUAUAUAUAUUAUACUAAAAGAAUUAUGUGAAGUAUUGAAUGAGCAUAAGUAAAGGAGAUGGGGAGGGGGGACUCAUCCUCAUUUAUACGGGUAAUGUUCAAAGCAUGAAGGUAUCUUGGUUGUAGAUACAGGCCCGGCGGAGUGGGGGGGCUAGGGGGGGCUUUAGCCCCCCCAAUAAUUUGGCUGCAAGUACUCUUUUCUCCAGGUUAUUGCGGCCCCUGGACCCACGACUAUAAGGACCUAGGAUGGAAGCCCCCCCAAUCAAGAAUUGCUUCCGCUGGCCCUGAGAUACUCACCCUAGACCUCAAUCCUAUCCAUAAUAUUCAAAAUUAAAAACAAGAACUAGAAUUCAAUAUUGAUCUAUUUCAAACAAUAUUGAUGUUUUUAUCUUACUGUGAAAAUAUGGGACCCUAAUAUCCAAUAUUAAGGACUCAAUGAACGUUUUAAAAUCAGUACAUGGUGUUAUCUAUGGUUUUGAGUGACAUCUGUAAUAAACAAAUUGCUCAGUUUUAUUUGGAAAUACAAUUUAUAGAAAUGAUAAAUAUUUAUUUAUGAAGUUGCAUAUUAUAAUCUAUUAAGCUGAUAUGAUGGUUGUGAUAUUUGUGUAUAAAUUAUUGAUAAAUCUGUACAGUGAUCUGUUUCAUUGGUCAAGAUGAAAUUUACCAUAUAAAAUCAUUCCUGUUAUGUUACAAUGUUAGAUUACAUAUGUUUGUAAUGUUGUUUAAUGAUCUUUUCUUGUUAUUUAAAAUUUUAAGAUUUUAUUUGUCAUAUAUUACACUUUAACUUGGUAUCAUGUUUGGUUUUAAAUGAGUUCUGUCAAAAGGAUAAUAAUAAAAGUAUAAUGCUUUGCCUUGAA